AUGCUGUGCAUUCUUGUAGCAGGUGCUACUGCACAGAGCAUCAGCCCUCAGGCUUUGACUCAGUUCAACAAUGUGAUCAAGUGCACCAUCCCUGGGAGUGAUCUCUUGGUGGAAUUCGACCACAGUGGCUCCUUCUGUGGCUUUGGGGACUCAGAUACUUCUGUGAAUCUGUUAGACAUGUGCUGCCAGACUCAUGACAAUUGCUAUGGUCAGGCCAUGAAGAUGGAAAGCUGCAAAUUCCUCAUAGACAACCCCUACAGCAGCUCCUACUCAUACACAUGUUCUAAGAAUGUGGUCACCUGCAGUGACAAAAACAACCCCUGUGAGGACUUCAUCUGCAACUGUGACCGUGAGGCCGCCAUCUGCUUCCUUCUGGCUCUAUAUAACAUUGAAUACAAAGGUGUUCACUUUUAG